AUGGCGUCGCCGGAGCCGGGACAGCAGCCUCUGGCUCCUGAUGACUUUGAUUCCGACUCUGUCAUUUCCCAGCCGCCAGAGAGCUUAGAGUCGAUCCGGAGCAGCGUGUUGAGAUUCCAUGUCGAGAAUGGGCGGACGUACCAUGCGAUGAGCUCGGGGAAGUACUCGUUUCCCAACGACGAGAGGGAAGCCGAGCGGUUGGAUUUGCAACAUCAUAUGUGGAUAUUGACACUCCGCGGAAAGCUGUGUCUGUGUCCCAAGGGCGAGGAAGAGAACAAGCGCGUCCUGGACUGCGGCACCGGCACGGGAAUCUGGGCGAUGGAAUACGCCGACGCACACCCCGAAGCUCAAGUCAUCGGCGUCGACCUCAGUCCCAUGCAACCAUCAUGGGUCCCCCCAAACCUCUCCUUCGAGCUCGACGACCUCGAAAAGGACUGGACCUGGUCCAAGCCCUUCGACUUCAUCUUCGGCCGCGUCCUCGCGGGCUCCAUCUCCUCGUACCCAGACUUCUUCGCCAAAGCCUACGCGCACCUCGAGCCCGGCGGCUACCUCGAGAUGCAGGACUUCGCCCUCCCCUACCGCUGCGACGACGGCACGCUCCCGCCGUCCUCCCCGCUGCACCGGCUGUCGACGCUCUUCCGCGAGGGCACCGCCAAGGCCGGGCGGCGGAUGGACCUCGCGCCGGCGUACGCGCGCAUGAUGGAGGCGGCGGGGUUUGAAUGCGUGACGGAGUGGACGAGCAAGUGGCCGAUGAACAGGUGGCCGCGGGACCCGCAUUACAAGGAGAUCGGGAUGUGGACGCACGCGAAUCUGGAUACCGGGCUGGAGGGGCUGACGCUGGCGCUGUUUACGCGGUUUCUGGGCUGGAGUCGGGACGAGACGUUGGCGUUCUGCGCGGAGGUGAGGAUGGCGUUGCGGGAUUGUCGGACGCAUGCGUAUUUGCCGAUAUAUGUUGUGUAUGGACGGAAGCCGGUGGGGAAGACGGCGGCGAGGGCGGGGGAGGGGACCGGGACGGAGGGUGAAGGGUCGGUGCCGGCGGGGAUCCAGUAG